UUAGUUGACAUAUAAGGUUGGUUAGCUUACAGAAGUUGUUAGGAAAUGUUGUGACACAUAUUCUGUUAUUUGUACAUUGAGCCACUGGUUUGUGUGUGUUUUUGUAUGUGUGAACCCUAGUGACUUCACUGAUUGGAUGAUAGUGGAGGUCACAAUGAUCACAGAUAUAAGUGUCGAGGAGUCCAGGUCAUGUAACUGCAUACGAGUCUGUUGGAGAUAAAUGUAUUUCACAGAAUUAAGUAAACUGGUUGGAUUAAGAAGAACACCACACAGUUCACUUGGCUGAAACAUUAUUAUUUAGUUAAUCAUACUGGAUUAACAUUGAACAUGGAGUUCACAGGAAUAGUUACUGUAGUUUUGGUUUUAGGUUGCUUUUCCUGUAUUUGUCAAUCAAUCUAUAUUCCUGGCAGGGACGUCACUAAACCACCGUUGCGAAGAGAGAUAUUGGUAAGGCCACCUCUGCAUGAACGUAUUGGUGUAGGUGUGAACAAUGCGACAGAUUACACCAGCUUAGAACAGUUCGACGACGGAAUUUUGCUCAUUAACGUGGGGCACAACAAGCCAGAAUACAGGCCAAUAAAGUUUGCAGAUGAAGUGGAGAAAGACGCCAGCAGUGAGGACGGGAAAGAGGUGCCUUCGACCCAGGUGCCAUUCAUCGAAACUGUGACGGGCUUGAGAUGGACCCCGGGCACCUACGGGGAGACGGCGCCCGGCCGUCGCGUCGUCGUCACGUGUCCCAAGGGAACCACAGGGCAGUUCCCCUACCCCCCGAACUGCAUGUACUUCCUGAACUGCUGGAAGGGCCGAGGAUUCGUGCAGCCGUGCGCACCGGGGACCCUGUUUAACCCUCGCACCUUGGAGUGCGACUUUCCCGGCAAAGUGAAGUGCUUGCCGUACAGAGAGGUGGAGGAGAGACCUGCCAGGGCUCCAGAGCGAGGCACGGUGCGCGCGCCCAAACAGCUCGUGCGCUCCACGCCGAGACCCCACGUAACCACGUCACAACACGCCCCCCGGCAGAUCGCGUGUACCAUGGAGGGGGGGACUGGCCUGGCGCCUCAUCCUUCGCACUGCGGCAAGUUCGUCAACUGCUGGCAGGGCACACCUCACGUCCAGAGCUGCGGCCCGGGAACCCUGUUCAAUCCCUCUCUGCUGCAGUGUGAUCACCCUUACAAUGUUGACUGCCAGACGGAGAGCAACAGAGCACCGAGAAUUGAUGAGCCUGAACCACGUCCUCCGGAGAGUCCAGAAGAGAGGCCAAGAACUUCAACUGAAGCACCCCCAGUGCCGUCCACCACAGUGACUCACUCUGCAACCGAGAGCACUACAGCACCAACGUCAACAACCACGCAUGCGGGCACCGCCUCGACGACGCCAGACACCUCCUUCCUCGCGGAGCACUUGGAUGCCAGCGGUCAGGUGCUCAGGCUGCGCGGGGGGUCCGGGCCGUGGGAGGGCUACGUGCAGAUGCGGGAUUCCGGCCCUGGGUGGGGCCUGGUGUGCGACGACUUUGCGAGCUGGACCAUCCAGGAGGCGCACGUGGUCUGCCGGCAGCUCGGCUUCGAGAGGGGGGCGGAGUUUGCGUGGCAGGGCCGGCCGGUGCGGCCGACGGACGACACCCUGAAGGUCUCCGUGGACGCCGUCACCUGCUCCGGGGACGAGGCAACCUUGCAGGGCUGCCGACUGGCGCGCGGCCGGGAGAGCUGCCUCGUGGCACGGGACGCGGUGGGCGUGCGCUGCCGCCUGAACAGCGCGUCGCAGUGCGCCCCCGGGGACGCCAACCACGGGGGCCGCUGCUACGCGCUGGUGGAGGAGGGGCGGGCAGAAGCCUUCACCCACGGAGAAGCCAUUCAGCACUGCCAGCUCCUCGGAGGUCACCUGCUCGACAUCAACUCACAGGCUGAGAACGAUUUUAUUUCCGAGUGGCUGAUCCAGCUGAAGCCUGAAAUAACUAGUAUUAUCACGUCUGGUGUUGGUGUUAACGUGGGUGGUAGUUCAUUGUGGAUAUGGGAGAGUUCUAAAAAACUGCUCAGCUUUGAGAAGUGGUGGCCAGGAUGGACCAGGGAAUACGGUGGAACCCCUCAGAUAAGCGACAAGCCUCUGUGCCUCGAGGCCACGAGAAUGUUCCCUUGCGACAUGUCAUACUACUCCAGCCAGGAGCAGGAGGACAGGAAGAUGUGUGCUGCCAACUACUUCUACUGGGACACCGAGGACUGCAGCGUUUCACACAGCCAUCCGUACAUAUGUGAGAAACCUCGCCUCGACAUUGGCUGUGCGAACGGCGCGGGAGACGACUACGACGGCCCGGCCAACGUCACUGUGAACGGAGAGCCCUGCCUCGACUGGGACCUGGAGGAGGUGCUGCCGUACGUGUGGCCCAGAGUCUCCGCAGCGGACAUGGCCUCCAAGCUGUCGGGGCACAACCACUGCCGCAACGUGGGCGGCUCAGAGUCCCAACCCUGGUGCUACGUCGGGCCUCGUGGCAAGAUGGACCUGUGUGACAUCCCGCCCUGCUGGAGCUCAGACAUCUUGAGGAACCCGUCCGAAGAGACAUUCAAGUGUGGCAGCAACCAGUUCCAGUGUGGCAUGCGUGAGUGCAUAGAGUCAACGUGGCUGUGCGACGGUCACAAGGACUGCAGCAACGGACGCGACGAACUUCACUGCACCAGGAGCCUCAGCAGAUUCACCCUCCACGAAGCCAGCAGGCUGACUGGUCAUGACGUAGAGAAGUGGAUUCAGGCCAGCCCUAACGCCUGCGCUCGGCGGUGCCUGGAGGUCAAGCACUUCAAGUGCCUCUCUUUCAGUUACAACAGUGAGGAUGGCUCAUGUGUCCUCAGCAACAGCAACAUUGGCAUGUCUGGGAACUUGCAAGCUCAUGAGAAAUGGAACUAUUACGAAAGGAAAUCUGGUACCGUCAACUGUGCUGAAAGGUUUUUGUGUGCCAAUGGGAAAUGCAUAAAUGCUUCAGCGGAAUGUAAUGGCAAAAAUGACUGCGGUGAUAGAUCAGACGAACGGAACUGCUCCACUGAAUAUCUUGACUACGGCAUAAGGCUUGCUGGAGGGAAAACAUUGUACGAAGGCAGAGUGGAAGUGAAAGUGUUCGGCCGCUGGGGCGUGGUGUGUGAUGACCAGUUCGGUCCACGGGAUGCAGGGGUGGUGUGCCGAGAGCUAGGGUUCUCCCUGGGAGCUGCAGAUGUGAGGCCCAGCUCGUACUUCUGGUCCCGCGACACCAGCCCUCUGUUCCUCGUGGACGAACUGCAGUGCUUCGGCAAUGAGACUUCGCUGCGGGAGUGUGACUUCAACGGGUGGGGUGUUCACGACUGCACAGCUGACGAGGUGGCAGGAGUGGUGUGUAAGCAGCCCGGCAUGCAGUGCCCGGAUGGCAAGUGGCAGUGCCAGUACAGCGAAGAGUGCAUCUCGGUUGCCCUCUUGUGCGACAGCGUGGCUGACUGUGACGACGGCAGUGACGAGUCGUCUGCGUGCGAGGCGGGCGCCCAGCUGCGCCUGGCCGGGGGCUCCAGUGGCUCGGAGGGCCGCGUGGAGGUGCUGCACAUGGGCGUGUGGGGCACCGUGUGCGACGACGACUUCACUCCCGCGACCGCUGCCGUGGUGUGCCGCGCCCUGGGGCUCCAGGGGCCCGCCGAGGUGCGCAAGAACGCCUUGUUCGGUCCCGGGGACGGGCCCAUCUGGCUGCACCAGCUGCAGUGCGCGGGGAACGAGAGCCGCCUGGAGGACUGCUUCCACGCCGAGUGGGGGCGGCACAACUGCCAGCACGACGAGGACGUGGGUGUCGUGUGUUCCCCGGGGAGGGUCUCCCGCGGCCCGGACCAGACUGAACUUGUUAAUGCAAGUAUUCCUGAUUCUGAGAAUUCUGUGUUUCCUGGGGCCAACCUCUUGCCGUCUGAAUGUGGUGUGAAGAACCUUGAAGGGUCGAGGGAAGACGGCCCAGGUGUAGAAGCUCGUGUUGUUCAAGGCAAAGUGGUUGUUAAAGGAAUGUAUCCUUGGCAGGCCAGCGUGAGAGUGCGUGGCCCGAGCAAGUCCGCGCACUGGUGCGGGGCCGUGAUCGUCUCCCCCCUGCACGUGCUGACGGCCGCCCACUGCCUCACCGACUACUCCAAGGAGCACUACUUUGUGCGUGUGGCCGACCACGACACGGAGGCUCAUGAGGGAACGGAGCAGGAGGCGAACAUUGAAGAAAUCUACUUCCACGAGAAGUUCAACAAGGGCUCGCGGCUGAACAACGACAUUGCGCUGGUGAGGCUGAAAGGGCGCGGCGUCAUGCUGGGCGGCGAUGCGCGGCCCAUCUGUCUGCCCUCGCCGAACGUCCGCUACACUCCCGGCCUCAACUGCACCGUGUCUGGCUGGGGCCAGACCAAAGCCAGCAUCUCCGGUCACUCACGCAGACUCCAAGCGACGUGGCUGCCGAUACUACCGCGUGACACGUGCAAGGCCAGUUUCGUAUACGGCGCAGCAGUCAUCUCCGAGGGCAUGUUCUGUGCGGGCCACCUGGAGGGUGGCGUUGAUGCCUGCCAGGGAGACUCUGGUGGGCCCUUGGUCUGCCUCCACGAAGGACAUUUCACUCUGUUCGGCAUCGUCAGCUGGGGGCAAGGCUGCGGCCGGCCCAACAAGCCCGGCGUCUACUCCAACAUCGCCUACUACAGGACGUGGAUCGACCAAAAGCUGCAAGAUUCUGCAACUGGCCGCUGAGACAAGCACCAGUGGAGAGGAGGGGGGAGGAAUGUAGGUUGAUUCAUUACAAGCAAAACUUACUCAACUCAACAGUGCGUGUAAAUUUGUAUAGUGAAUGCUGUAAACAAAUAAUGUUGUAUAUUUUCAUGCAUAAUACAAGCCCAUCUUUUUCUUGUUUGGAGGGAAAUCAAAAAAAAAAUUAAUAAUCAAGUUCUGCAAGUAAAAUAUUUUGCUAAGACAUUCCUUAAUCAUAGAAGAGAAACAGAUUGAAGGAAAAGGAUUUUGUCACAAUUGUUUUUUUGUAACUUUAUUGUUUUUUAGUAAAAAAAAGUUUUCAUUUUGUUCCUAUGAAAAUGGAAAAUGUCUUGUAGUAAUGAUAGUAAUACUUGCAAGAAGAUAUAUUUAGUCAAAUAAUUUUUGAACAACCAAUUGAUAAGACUGGUUAAGGCAGCAAAACACGAACCUCACUAGAGUGCAUCCAGACAGUCAAAUGUUCACCCAAUGUUUGUAUGGUAUGAAUGAACAUCUAGGAAUACAGUAGAACCUCACUUUGUGUAACCAGGAUUUAUAAAUUCCCAUGAUUACCUUUUUUUUUACUUUCACGAUAAUUUUCCUUAUAGUGUUCUUGCAUAACUUUCCUGCUCCAUGCGAAAGCACUUCCUACUUUUUUACAUUGCAACAGUGGUGCAUUUAAUACAAAAACCAUUAGAGAAAAGUUUUGAUGAACCAAUAAAAGGUGAAAGUGAA